CGAACCCGGAUCUUGUAGGCUGUAGCUCAUUUAUUGGGCAAAUUAUUCCAUAUUUCGGUCAACUUUUAUAUCACCCGUUUAAAUCAUACACACUAUCCCUCCGGAAACCCAACUUACCUGAAUCAGAGUAUAGAUAUGGCAGGCGUCACUGGAAGCGCAGUUCAAACUCUACCUCGGUUUCUGCUCCCGCGACUGAGCUGGGGAGCGUCUGCUGGGCCCUCGCAAAUACUUCGAGUAGCAGCAUUCCCCUCAGAGAAAAGACGAUCCUGGCAAAGACAUGAGACAGCUUCUUUUCACUCAUGCCGACAGGCACCCCCGUGCUACUCCAGAAAUACCCCAACGAAAUCAUCUAUCCUACUUCAGAACCCGGGCCUGAGAAGGUCCUUCCACGCCACAGCACCGCGGGGUAGAGACCACCACUUCGACACCCUCAAGUUCGUGCAGCGGCUCCAGAGCGAGGGGUUCACCGAGGAGCAGUCCGUGGCCAUGAUGAAGGUGCUAAAUGAUGUGAUCCAGGAGAGCAUCCAAAACCUGACGCGCACCAUGGUGCUCCGCGAGGACGCCGCCAAGGCGACGUACACGCAGAAGGUCGACUUCGCGAAGCUGCGGUCCGAGCUGCUGUCGGCCGACAGCACAGAGUCGAACACAACGCGCGCCGCGCACGAGCGGCUGACCAACGACAUCACCAAGCUCAACAGCCGCCUGCGCGACGAGAUCGGCCGCACCCAGGCCUCCGUCCGCCUCGACCUCAACCUCGAGAAGGGCCGCAUACGCGAGGAGGCCGUCAACCAGGAGCUCAAGAUCAAGGAGACCGAGACCAAGAUCGAGCAGGAGGUCGCCGCCCUCAGGGAGAAGCUCGAGCAGGUCAAGUUCCAGACCCUCCAGUGGCUCAUCGGUGUCUGCACGGGCUUCGCGGCGCUGAUGCUCGGUGCUUGGAGACUGCUCAUGUAGGUGUGAGGAGGAGACUUGAAUAUGGAAAGCGUAUGUGCUAUUGUAGUAGAUUUAAGAGCCUCCUCUCGCGAGAUAGGUGUCACAUAACAGACCAUAGUUACUUAGUCUAGGGGAUUGAAAACUCCUCGUAGGCUAUCCGCAAUAUGCUUCUCCAUGCUCACUCGUUAUGAAGCCGUGUACCUACUAUGUAGCACCUUCGUUUUCACAUCCAACACAGGCGCUUACCUGCCUACCGUAUCAGGAACCGCAUAUUCGCGAGGAUGAUUCUCAACUCCAUCCAAUGAAUCCAUACAUAAGAUCGAUAGGAAUUACUCUUAAUCUUGUAAUGAUUUCUCUCAAUUUCUAUUGAUCUUAUCCACGGAUUCAUUCCUCGAUGCAC